AUGGCACCUCUGCGCCCCAAAGAGCCGCUCUCUGCCGCCGCGCACCUCUGCGUCUUUCUGUUGACCACCUCGGCCUGGAUGGCACUGCCGGGACCCGCGCUCUGUGACACCGGGGCUUUAAACCGACGAGGCGGGCUGGACCGUACGUUUGACAUGGGCGUCGGAGACGGAGGCUCCCCGCCCGGCUUCCAGAGGGACGCUGACGAGGGGAGCUCGCCCCGCUUCAGGAGAGCACUAUCCCGGGAAAAACAAAUGUCACUGCUCAGCAGCUCCUUCGUGCUCAAAGGGGAUGCGACCCACAACCAGGCGAUGGUCCACUGGACAGGAGAGAACAGCAGCGUCAUCCUGAUCCUGACAAAGUAUUACCAUGCCGACUCCACCAAAGUCCUGGAGAGCUCGCUGUGGAGGUCCUCUGACUAUGGCACCACCUACACCAAACUCAACCUGAUGCCAGGGACGACCAUUGUCGUGACCAGUUUCUACAUCUGCCCGACCAACAAGAAAAAGGUAGUGCUGGUGGGCUCAUCCAUCAACGAACGGGAUCAGAUGCUGUUCAUCAGCACCGACGAGGGUUCCUCUUUCCAGCGACAGUCCAUCGCUUUCACCCCCGACACGAUCAUCUUCCACCCCAAGGAAGAGGACAAGCUCCUCGCCUACUGCAAGGAGGGCAGGAUCUUUGCUUCGACAGACCUGGGCCGCAAGUGGACUUUGCUUCAGGAGCGUGUGACCAAGGACAGAGUCUUCUGGUCUGUAUCUGGUGUGGAUGUGGACCCUGAUCUGGUGCACAUGGAAAUGCAAGAUACAAGUGGAGGUUACCUGUACGUCACCUGUCUCAUCCAGAACUGCUCAGACAAGAUGGUGACGGCUCAGUUCCUCGGCAAAAUCGACCACAAUUCGCUGUUUGUGCAGGACGACUACAUAUUUGUCAAGGUGACCACAGGGAAUCGUACCAAGCACUAUGUGUCCUAUCGGCGCAACGAGUUUGUCCAGAUGAGGUUUCCCAAGUACGCCUUGCCCAAGGAUGUUCAGAUAGUGAGUACGGACGAGAACCAGGUCUUCCUCGCCCUCCAGGAAUGGUACCAGUCAGACACUUAUAACCUGUACCAGUCGGACCCCCAGGGUGUCUACUACUCCAUCCUGCUGGAAAAUGUCCGCAGCACCAAGCAGCCGGAGGAGAACGUCCUCAUCGACAUCCUGGAGGUGCGUGGAAUCAAAGGGGUCUUUCUGGCCAAUCAGAAGAGCAAUGGCAAAGUGACGACCCUCAUCACCUAUAACAAAGGACGAAGCUGGGAACCCCUGGCCCCACCUACCACUGACAUGAAUGGAAAGCCGGUCAGCUGCAAAGCACCCGAGUGUCAACUCCAUCUGCACCUGCGCUGGGCCGACAACCCCUACGUGUCUGGGACAGUCCACACCAAAGACUCUGCUCCAGGUCUCAUCAUGGGAGCCGGUAACCUUGGCUCCAAGUUAGUCGAGUAUAAGGAAGAGAUGUACGUCACUUCAGACUGUGGGAAGACAUGGAGACAGGUGUUUGAGGAGGAGCAUCACAUCCUGUACAUGGACCACGGUGGAGUCAUUGUUGCCAUCAAGGACACUUCUAUUCCCCUCAAGAUACUCAAGUUCAGUAUCGAUGAAGGACAGACGUGGACCGUUCACAACUUCACCAGCACCUCUGUGUUCGUUGACGGACUCCUGAGCGAGCCAGGAGACGAGACCCUGGUUAUGACCGUGUUUGGCCACAUCAGCUACAGGUCGGACUGGGAGCUGGUCAAAGUGGACUUCAGGCAGUCUUUCCCCCGUCAGUGUACAGAGUCUGACUAUGACUCCUGGCAGCUCACAGACCUGCAGGGAGAAAAGUGCAUUAUGGGCCAGGAGCGAAGUUUCAGGAAGAGGAAGGACACCGCGUUCUGCAUCAAGGGAAAGAGCUACACCUCUGCUCUCAUCACCAAACCCUGUCAAUGCACAGAGAAAGACUUCAACUGUGACUACGGUUUUGAGAGGUCCCACAAAGAGGGCGACCGCUGCUUAGCUGACUUCUGGCAUGACCCAGACUCACCCCCUGAAGACUGCCAUCUAGGGCAGACCUACGAGUCCACCACUGGUUACAGGAAGGUGAUAUCUAAUGUGUGUGAGGGGGGGCUAAACCGGCAGCAGAGCGCCAAACAGCAUAACUGCCCUCUACUGCCCCCUAGAGGACUACGGCUCGGCAUCAAAGGGCAGAUGCUGGCCGUGGCACCUGGUGAUGACAUCACAUUCAUUGUCCAUCAGGAACAGGGCGACACUAGCAGCACCAAGUACCAGGUGGACCUCGGUGAUGGUGUUCGGGCCAUUUACCAGAACCUGACAGUGACGGAUGAACCCAUUCAGCAUCGCUACGAAAAGCCCGGCGUCUACAAGGUCACAGUGAAGGCCGAGAAUAUGGCGGGGCACGACGAGGCCACCAUGUACAUCCAGGUCACAGCUCCUCUACAAGAAGUGCACCUGGAAGUGGUUCCCAUUGCUGGGAGGAACCAUGAGGUCAAUCUUACCGCCAUAGUUCUUCCCACUGAGGCCAACCUGACUGUCUUCUACUGGUGGAUAGGAGAUAACCUGCGGCCGACGCUGACUCUGCAGAACAGCCUUCUGACUCGUUUCCCUGAGACAGGAGAGGUUUCAGUCACCGUCCAGGCUUCCAACGGCCGAUCCAUGGUGCAGGAUACCAGGACCGUCCGAGUCUACGAUAACUUCCAGGUCAUCCCUCUGAGCUUCAGCAGGAAUCUGGACCACUUCAACCCAAACAUCCCAGAGUGGAGAGAGGACAUUGGUCAGGUGGUCACCAAAAUUCUCGCCAAGAUCACAGGUGUCCCUCAGGAGUCUCUGGUUACUGUGGUGAAGCCCGGCCUCCCCACCACCGCUGACCUGUACGUUCUCCCGCUGAGCAGCAAACCAGCCAAGAAGAGCAUGUUUGUAGAUAAGCGUAUCCCGGCCAUAAUGCAGGCCUUCAACGACAACAAUGUCAGCUUUGUGGUGAGAGGAGGUCUACAGGUGCUGGUGAUGCUAGCUGACCCGAAUGCAGGGCUAGGUCUAAUUGCUAAUGACACAACAGCUACAGCAGCAGAGACUGGUUACCACGGAGCAGCUGGAGGUCCAGGUGUUUGGGCUCUCGCAGUCAUUUUCCUCAUUAGCAUCAUCGCCACUGGCUCUUUCAUCUUAUACAAGUUCAAAAGUCCUUGGAUUAGGACUGAGGAUGCCUAUCCCCCGCUGUUUUUCAGGAAGCUUCCAGGAAAUCGCAAUGUCUACGCCCAGAUGCACAAUGAGAAGGAGCAGGAGAUGACAAGCCCUGUCAAUCACAGCGAGGACACCCAGCACAUCAUUCAGGGCGAGGAGUUCAUUGAUGACGACCUGGACUCUCAGACUCUAGGUAACGCAGGAGGUAACCAUUCGGGUGUGGUCCUGAGCAUCAACUCCAGAGAGCUACACAGUUACCUUACCAGCUGAUGGCUGCCAUGACAACUCUAACAAGCUAGCCCAGCCGGCUAACGAGCACAGGGACUCCACUUUGCCUUCCUCCUUCUCUCUCCUUUCCUUCUUUUCCACUUUGGACACUUCACCUCCUCUCCAUGGCCUCCUCAAUCCGUCAGCUCCAACUUUGGUGAUUUAGUUUUAUGCCAUUUUUUGGGCUGAGCCUGGUGGAGGCCUUCACCUCCGUCCUUCUUCCCCACCCUCUGUCCCAUCCUGUCAGAAAAUGGGACACUCUGCUUCGCCCAAUGUGUGUCACAUCACUGCAAGCCACCCUUCCCCUCCUCAGCCCUGAAGACCCCACCCCCGGUGAGGAUGGAGAUCUGGAUGGCAUCACACCAAGCACACUCUCUCAUCUCUUUUAAAAAACAAUAUCUGUGUGUACGCUGUUGUCUCACUUGUAGACUCUCAACAUCAGCAAGCAUGACUCUUCACAGGCUCCCAGUCCUAUUCACAGUCAAAGAGGGUUGAACCUCCCAAGACCAAAAGGCCACAGCUACUGAAGGGCAGAAGUAGCCAAAGACCAGUGUGCUAAGAUAAUGAUUUCCUAACAGUAACGUGCAUUAAGGGGAUGAAGUACAAUGAAAGAGAGACGUAUUUUUGCUCCUCCCACUCUUUAAUCCCCAUUUUUUGUUUCCCUAAAUUACUAGACACAGUCUCUUCAAAGGCAAUAAUAUUCUCUCAAUAGAAUGUAGGCUAUGAUAUACCCUUGUGAAAAUGCAUAUGAAGAGUGUACACAUGCAACCACAAGAGGGCGGUGUUGCACUUUGUUAAAAUCCCACUCACAGGUACUUGAGCUCAGCUCCUUCAGAAGAUAUCGUUUGUUCACACGGACGUCGUCAUUGGUCAGAGCCCCACUGCAUCCACACACCUGUUUGUUACUCACACGUUUACAGAGGUUUUGUUGCGCGGCGUUAGAAACCAGCACCACCUUCCGUAGGAGCUCAUGGUCUGUCCCGUGGUGCCUAAAACAGCAGAUGUCAAUCUGCUCUGUGACAUGUUGAGUUUAUUUAUUUCUAAUAACCGUAUUUAACCGUCGGCCCCUUUCUCCUCCACCUGCUCCUUCCCCACGUUCUCGGUCAGACUUCGUUCCCCUGGAGACAUAGGCCGCCGUCAUGGAGGGAAGGUGUAGUUGAUAUAUUUUACUGUAUCAGCCUAUAUUAGGCAUAGCCCAUGGUGGAAUUGUGUCUCCUUAAAGGUUUGGUUUGUUGUAUGUAAAUGUGUAAAUAUGAACAAUCUCCACUUUGUACAUAUUCCCUUUGACGUGUGUGAGUGUUUUACACUACUACCAAAAUACACACCCGUUGUUUUUUUGACAGACCUUUUACUGAGUUUCACUAUUUCCUGUUUCCUCCACACAAUUGCCUGCUUCACAUGUAUCCAUUCUCCGUACUGUCAGUGUAAUCUCACGAAUGAGAUAAUUUGAUGGUCUUCAUUGUUAACUGGAACUGAUUUCAUUGUCUUAUAAAGAUACUCACAACUACACAGUGGCGACUAUGAACAUGAAUAUUUUUAUACACGUCUUUUGUUUGUUUUAUGUGAGCCUUCAACACGUACUGGGCAGCAACUGAACAAGUCCACCCUGACUCUGAAUCCAAAAGUCUUUACAGGCCGAUGCUACCACCACCACCACCAGGAUCACCCCUUGGUUCGUCUUGCGCUCGAUGCAGCAGAUCACGUUCACUCGUUCUGAUUUACACCUUAACUCAUCUUUUGUACAUAAUCUGCUCAUGUUCGACUUGUUCUUGAUGUGUCGUCAUUGUAUCAAUGUCCUCUUUGACAAAGGAGAAAGUGGAAAUUAGACAUUAUACUAAAAAAGUGAAGGAGUUUCACAGAUGAUGGCACUGACCAUGUAAUUUUGACCACACUGUUUUUCUUUUAUUCUUCUCUUUCUGGCGUUGGUUUGCUCUGUUGAUUUUGCAGUUAAAUUCGAUCGUGUGUCCUCAUCAGGAAGCGUAGUGCACUGAA